GCAGGAGGGAGCUGCGCGGUGCAGGCCGAGGGCGGCGGGGCGGGGCGGUCUCUGGCCCGGGCUGGCGUGUGAGGCUCUUGGGCCUGAGCCGGGGAGGGUCCCUGCGGCGGGACGCCCCUAAGCCAGUGCCCCGCAGCCAUGGAGCAGGACGACCCGGCCGAGGCGCUGACGGAGCUGCGCGAGCGGCGGCCGGGCCCGUUGGAGCUGCUGCAGGUGGCGGCGGGCUCGGGCCUGGCGGUCUACGCCGUGUGGGCGCUGCUGCUGCAGCCCGGCUUCCGCCGCGUGCCGCUGCGCCUGCAGGUGCCGUAUGUCGGCGCGAGUGCCAGGCAGGUGGAGCACGUGUUGUCGUUGCUGCGAGGCCGUCCUGGGAAGACAGUGGACCUGGGCUCUGGGGACGGCAGGAUUGUAAGGACUGUGCUGGCUGCCCACAGGUGCGGCCUCCGCCCCGCUGUGGGCUACGAGCUGAACCCCUGGCUGGUGGGACUGGCGCGGCUGCGUGCCUGGAGGGCAGGUUGUGCUGGCAGUGUCCGCUACCACCGUGAGGACCUCUGGAAGGUGAGCCUGAGGGACUGCCACAAUGUGUCUGUGUUCCUGGCUCCUAGUGUGCUCCCAUUGCUGGAGGACAAGCUGCAGGCAGAGUUGCCUGCAGGAGCCCGCGUGGUGUCUGGGCGCUUCCCCCUCCCUACCUGGCAGCCUGUGGCUGUGGUAGGUGAGGGCCUGGACCGAGUCUGGGCCUAUGACAUCCAUAGAGGUGGGCCCGCUGGGCAGGCUGUGCCAGGGCCCAGUUCUGCCUCCAUACUUGGAACCCCCAAUUCUCAGAAUGGCUGACUGCACGCAAUAAAGACUCUGGGCUCCACCUUGA